CGACAUUCAUGAAAAGAGAAGGGACAAGAUAGUAGCACUUUCUCCUUCCUGCGAGUGUGAUUCGUGGACGUGUAACAUGCUUUCAAUCUAUUGGCAUAACAAAACGAAAAUAUCAUCUCUCAUUCCGCUUCGAUCUCUCCAGAAAAGAAAAGAAAAGAAAAAAAAGCAGCUACCCGAUUCGUCGUAGCCCGACCCGAAUCCCAAGAUGAACGACUCCGAAGUUUCCACGCAGAUCCAGCAGAUGGUCCGAUUCAUCCGCCAGGAGGCGGAGGAAAAGGCAAACGAGAUCUCCGUCUCCGCCGAAGAAGAAUUCAAUAUCGAGAAGCUGCAAUUGGUGGAGGCUGAGAAGAAGAAGAUCAGGCAGGAGUACGAGCGCAAGGAAAAACAAGUUCAAGUGCGCAAGAAGAUUGAGUACUCAAUGCAGCUGAAUGCUUCUCGAAUCAAGGUUCUCCAAGCCCAGGAUGAUUUAGUCAAUUCCAUGAAGGAAAGUGCAUCAAAGGAACUCCUGGGUGUUAGCAGUGUUCAGAAAAACUAUAAAAAUCUCCUGAAGAAUCUAAUUGUUCAGAGUUUGUUGAGGCUGAAAGAACCAUCUGUGUUGUUGCGUUGUCGUAAAGAGGACGUGCAAUUGGUUGAGUCUGUUUUGAAUUCAGCAAAGGAAGAGUAUGCAGAGAAAGCAGAAGUUCGUCAACCUGAGAUCAUUGUUGACAAAAUCUAUCUUCCACCAGCGCCUUCUAAACAGAAUGAGCAUGAUCGCUACUGUUCUGGCGGUGUGGUGUUGGCUUCUAGGGAUGGGAAAAUUGUUUUUGAGAACACUCUUGAUGCAAGACUAGAGGUUGUAUUCCGCAAAAAAUUGCCAGAGAUUCUAGGUUAUUCAGCAUGUUCUUGGCUUAGUGCUACUGUAUCUGAUUGCAGAUACGCAAAAGUCUGUUUGGCCAGAUCGCUGCUUGAUGGUUGGAAGCCUAGUAUAUAUAUCUAUAUACUGGCCUGGCCAUUGACCCAAGAGAAUUAUCAUCUGGUGGCUUGUUCGUGGCUGUAUGCGCUUUGUUCUUCGUCACAUUCUUAAUUGCAUCGCGAGGUGCACGUUUUCCACAUUUCAUAUAUUAUGUAUGCAUAUAAGUUUAGCUUGAUACUGCUAUUUAUUUUUUAAUUCAAGUAUGUGUGAUAUUGUAAGCUUCUCGGACCUAGUUUUUGAUCUUGGUGUUAAUAAAUCGAUGACAGAUAUCGUCUUGAAAAAAAUUUCAAAGUAAUAAAAUUGCCUGACAGGGAUUGUCUUGAAAAAUAGUA